AUGAACAAAUCCACUCUAUCCGCUAUCCGGGAGCUCUCCACCCUCACUUCCGACCAAAAGACUGCCGUCAUAGACGCUGCCGCGAGAGAUAUGACCACGGCGAUGAUCAGAAUAUCCCAAGAAAUCAACCGCGGAACUCUCAACCCAGACAAUACUGCGCCUUUACACAACUUUAUUCGGACCAUCCAGCGACACGAGCGAGCGCAGCUGCGGAAGCUAGAGCGGAAAAUCGCAGGAUAUCAGCGUCGAGCAAGGAUAUGGCGUGCUGAGCGACGGCGUAUACGUGACAAUAUUGCGGAGGUGAGGCGG